AUGACAUCGAACAACUUAGCCCGCUGCUGCACACUCGGAUCUCUCCACGAGGGAGUGGCCAAGGGGGAGAUUAAGGACAUCGGCAAUAUCUCAACCUACUUUUCCUACCCACCCGACAAGUCAACCGAGAAUGCAAUUCUCAUUCUCUCGGAUGUCAUCGGCCACCGCUUCAUCAACACCCAACUCAUUGCGGAUCAGUUUGCUGCCGCGGGAUACUUUGUUGUGCUGCCAGACCUGUUUUAUGGCGACACAGUCCCACUGAACCGGCCCGAGGGCUUCAAUGUCAUGGACUGGGUGAAGAACCACUUCCCUGAACAGACGGACCCAAUCAUCGAGAGUGUCUUGACAGAAAUGCGUGAGAAUUUGGGCUGUAAGCGCAUUGGUGGUGUGGGCUACUGCUUCGGCGGAAAGUAUGUCUGCCGCUUCUUGAAGCCUGGCAAGCUCGACGCUGGCUACACUGCCCAUCCGACCAUGGUCGAUGCAGACGAGUUGAGCGGAAUUGAAGGCCCCCUCAGCAUUUCGGCGGCUGUCCGUGACCAUGUCUUCAGCACCGCCAAGCGCCACGAGAGCGAAGAGAUUCUGGACAAAAAGGAGGUACCCUGGCAGAUCAACUUGUUCCCUGAUGUCGAGCACGGUUUCUCGGUCCGAUGCGAUGUGACCAAACCCCGCCAGAAGUACGCUAAGGAACAGGCGUUCGCCCAGGCCGUAGCUUGGUUCGAUGAAUAUGUCAAAAAGCAUUGA